AAAUGUUCUGGGUAAGUUUUGAUGCUUGGUGUUUUGUCCGAUGGCUCUGUAAUGAAACAGCUUCUGCCAUCGGAGUGAUACUGUAGCUGGACAUCUGUUGACCAGAGCAGAUGGAUGGAUCAGUCAUCUUUGUGGAUGUUCAGAAAGUGUACUACCCGUUGCUGUGCAUUGUGGGUAUUCCAGCCAACCUCUUCACCUUCUACAUGAUCUGCUUCCGGGCAUGCGGCAUGUCGCCCUCGGCGCGGGUGUACCUGAGCUUCCUGGCGCUGAUGGACACCUGGUACCUGGUGUGGGUGGUGCUACUGGAGCUGAGUCUCACCUUCCUGCAGGUGGAGCACUUCUGGAACGUGCAGCCAUGGUGCGGCCUGAGCAGCACCCUGCAGUAUGCCAGCUUCUACGGCUCUGCCUGGCUGGUGGCUGCCUUCACCGUGGAGCGCUACCACGUGCUGCGGGCCACGGCCGGCCGAGAGCGCCCUCAGCAGGCCCGCCAUGCCCUGUUCACCUGCACCGCCAUUGUGCUGCUCUCACACCUGGCCUCCGUCCCCGUGAGCUGGAUCAAUGAAGUCGUCCAGGUGAACGUGACGCAGGCUGGCCAGGUGGAGACGGUGUCACGGUGUCUGUACCGUGAAGCGCUCUACUCCACCGUGGUUGUCUGGGUAACAUCCUUCAUCUCCAGCGGCGUCCCCAUCCUGCUUGUCCUGCUCUUCAAUGCCCUGAUCGCGCACCACCUGCUUUGGACGUCCCGCCUCUUCACCAGGGAGGAGCGGCAGACGCUGCAGGCGCAUGUAGGCACGCGUGGCUCCGUCCCGCGCACGCUGCUGCUGCUGGCCACAGUCUCAGCCACAUUCGUGGUGCUCACCCUGCCGCGCUACAUCACCUACUGCAUCCUGCGCACCACCUACAACCAGGGGGACUUCAACCGAGACAACUACGCCAUCCCCAUCAACGUGGUGAGCGAUGUGGCCAACAUGUUGCACAACCUGAACUCGGCCACCAACUUCCUGUUGUACUGUGUGGUGAGCCAGCGUUUCCGCCAGGAGCUACUGAACACAGUGAGGUGUCGGAGCAGGGCCCGGGAGCUGGGAUCGCUCCUCACACACACCACCAUGAGGGUCUUCUCUGUGUCCGCAUACAAGGAUGCUGCUCGGCGAGACCCCGUCACUGUGGUCCUCACCAAACUGAGGCGUCUCAACAGUCUGGCGUGUGUUCCUCCUCUUGUGUCGCCGAGCAACAGCUAACGCCUCUCCAGAACAUUCCAGGGUGUGUAUUUAUAAUGGACCGGGUGUUAAGAAUUAAACAAAUGAAUCUGUAGUUUAAGUAGGUGUUUGGAAACUGAACAGAUUGUCGUGUUAAGUAGGUGUUUGGAAACUAAAGAGAUUGUUGUGUUUGCUGUAGAUUUUCUGCUUUUCCUACUUUUGAUAAAAGGGGCAUGUUGAAAUAAAGCUGUGUGUUAUUAC